AUGGCAUCUGCAUCAGCCAAGAAGUUGGCAGUAUCCAACACCAAUAUCUUAAAUCAAUUAUUAAUCAUUUCUGCAUCAAUCAACAUUAUUGUAUUAUUAGUUAUCUCCAUUUUCCAUCGUCCAUCUUCCUAUAAACCAUGGAUAAUUUUUUCCAUUCCAAGUAUAUUAUUACAAUAUUCUUUGGAAAAAUUUGGUCGUCCCAAAUAUGCUAAUGGCAAUUCUUUAGUUUCAAGUGGCGAAGACAUUAGAUUACUGGGGAGUUUAUAUGAAUAUUAUUUUGAUGUUAUCUAUUUGACUUGGGGGUUUGAUAUUUUAAUGAUUAUUUUUGGAAGCAAUAAAGUAUGGUAUGGAUAUUUGAUAAUUCCUGGAUUUGCCAUUUAUAAAUUGAGUAAUUUUAUUUUACCAUUUAUCAAAAAGAACAAAUCUAAUGGCUCGACAACAGAAGUACAACAGGCAGAAACUAAACAAACCAAUUCAGCUACUAGUAAACGUCAACAAAAGUUGCAAGCCAGAAGAGAAAAGGGACCAGCUGUUAGAUAUAGAUAA